CAGAAGACACAUGUAGUGUUGAGGAUGGCGAGCGGCCAGCCUUCCAACACUUCUGAGCUACAGCUGUACCGAGUGUUACAGAGAGCCAACCUGCUGCAGUACUUUGAGACCUUCAUCACGCAAGGAGGUGACGACGUUCAACAGCUAUGUGAGGCCGGGGAGGAUGAGUUCCUGGAGAUCAUGGCACUGGUGGGCAUGGCCAGCAAACCCUUGCACGUCAGGCGGCUACAGAAAGCUCUACAGGAGUGGGUGGCCAACCCACCGGCUUUUGAAGUUGUCCAACGAGGCCUACAACGCGAUGAUGAACAUGCCACAGCCGGCAUUGCUUGAGCAUCAGAUCACGGCCAUCGCUUCUGCAGCAGCCGUACUGGCGCAGGAUUUGCCUCCCUUUGAACCCAAGUCCUUGCCAAAGAAACAGAUCAGCAAAGAAAUCCAGACGGUUAUGCUAAUGUCGUCGGAAGACCCCAUCCGCAUGGAUGCGCUGAGAAAGUACGCAGCAAUCUAUGGGCGAUUUGACUCCAAGAGGAAGAACGACAAGCCAAUGUCUUUGCAUGAAAUCUCAGUCAACGAGGCUGCUGCUCAGCUGUGCAGCCAUUUCCCCGCCCUUCUUACUCGCCGCGAGGAGUUGUUCCCCUUGGCUCGUCAGGUGGUGCGAGACAGCGGCUAUCAAUACUCGAAGGGUCACUCAAGACCACCAAAAAGUGAGGUUGGCCCUGAUAUCUCCCAGUCCUUGAGGGCUGCAGAAGUGGUCGUGCCGCCCAAAUCAGAGCCUUGUGAUGUGGUGUCUACCUCCCCUUCCACGUCUUCCUCUCCUCGAGGCUAUGACAAAACUUUUAACGAUCUGCAGACUGAGUUGACAGACAUCACCCUGAGCCUGUCAGAGAUGGUGAAGGAGCAGGAUCGCAUUCGCAGUGCGCUGCGGGUCUUACUGGAGACAAAUGACCACGAGCAGAUGCGAGCUUUGACCGCGGAGAUGGAUGUCCUCAAUGAUCGCCAAACUCUUAUGACAAAAAGAAGGCAGUCGCUAGUGAAUAUGAUUGCCAAAUACAGAAAAAAUCCAGCCAAAUACUCACCUCCUGUAGGCGCCUCACCAUCUGUCUCCCCACGCUACUCCUCCACCUCCAACACUCUGUCUUCUGGGACAAACAUGAAGACGAGUGGCCACGGAAGAUCCAACAACAACAACAACAACAACCACCACAGCAUCAACAACAACAACAACAAUGGGUUGAAAUUCAACAGUGCUGGUGGUGCUUACACAUUGGGUUACACAGAUGAGUUGGGGCAUAACCCACUCAACACACUCUACAUAGCAGCCUUGCAGAACAGCAAAGAUUCUCUUUUUGAGGAAGGGUUAAGGAUCGCCACACAGUACGGAAUGUCGGACUUUGCCCAAGAGCUCAUCGGCAUGAAAUCCAAUGAGAAACUGGUCGAGGACACAGAUAGCGACGUAAAAAAGCAACCUUCUGAAGUGCUUUCUUCUUCAGAGUCUUCGGGCAGAAAAUCAUCACCCUCCACUUUGUCUUCAUCUCCAUCAGCAGCAGCACCCGCUGCAACCGUGUAUGAUUCUGUUGCAAUGGCGACGACGCCCAUCCACGCUUUGACAACAGCUGCAACAGCAGUGGCAGCGGCGUCUGCUACGUCUUCGUCCCCCUCUAGGAAAUCACCUGGAAGCCCCCCCGCCUUUGUUUCCAUGGCAACUGUUUCGGUAAGUGAUACUCCUCCCCGGCUUUCAGCAGCACCCAGCCCCGCAGGUUCCAGGGGGAGCCAGGGCAAUGGAGGCUACAGGGACUGUGGGAAUGGCUUCAAGAGAGACGACAUGGCUCAGGCUGAAACGAGGGUCAACGCUAGCCCGAGCUCCUUCACGUAUUCCGACGCGGACAGCAAAAGCAGCAACCCUGCCUUGGUGGAGUACCCGAGAGGCUCAGACUCGUUAUCAUCUCUCCUCCCCUCCACAGACGGUUCGGUUGACUUCAGCAAGCACUCACUCCCGAGUCUACCAGCGACCGCGAGCAACGGACUGAGCCCGCAAGACGGUGCCGCUCCUCCGGUGAAUGUCACCGCAGAGUUGAUAGCGGGCAGCACCACCACCACCACCACCAUCACCACAAAGUCAGGUCAGGUCAUUGAGGUGGAGACGAGACGGUCGAGCCGACGGAAAAACGGAGAGCCGGACUACUAUCUCAUCAACGGAGGUGAGAAGCGCUUUCGUAGCUCGGGCGGUCGAAGGAGUAGUAGCACGUCCAGCGAACGCGCGGCACGACUUUCAUCGUCUUCUAUGAUGACAUCAUCGUCACCGUCACCCGUCACCUCCCCGUGCAAGGUGAAGAAUGAUUUCUCGGGAAAAAGCGACGAAGUAGUUCGUAUGAACGUCAGUGACUUGAGGAAUCGUGAGGGAUAUAAGUUUGUGAACAAAACCAUCUUGGACGUGAAUCAGAUGGGGAAAGGUGCUUCUUCUUUCUCGGACACUGGCUACCCGGAUGACCUUGACCUGCGAGACACGUAUAUUGGCCACGAUCAGAACCAUAAUGCAACGGAGAAGCGAGUUGGAAGGAAAAAGUCCAAGCUCCACUACCACUCCGAGGUGAGUCAGAAUGGAGAGCAAAGCCAGCAAUAACGCAGAUGGUCGUGGGCAUGAGUCGAGGAAGUUUCAAAUCUUCCACACAAAGCUCUGUGUCCACACAUGACUGAAAUCUUCUCACUGGACUACCCAAA